AUGCGAACUCGAUCGAGUCGGUCAACUGAGGACUUGGUCGAGCUAGAUUUCACAACGGGUAGAAAGAGAGUUCAGAGGUCACAGAGGGUACAAGGGGAACCUGAGGUGCUUGUUGCUGAUACAAUGGAUGUACCAGAGGGGAAUGGAAACCCUUUGGGUCAUGGACUCGGUCGAGCUAGGCAAACUCGACCGAUUGGUCAAGGAGAUGCUCCAAACCGCCACCAACAGAGACAAGGGAUUGUUCCACCACCAGUGCAGAACCACAACUUUGAGAUCAAGCUGGGAAUGAUCAACCUUGUCCAGAACAAGAUGUUCCAUGGAUUGCCAAGUGAAGACCCCAUUGACCACCUUGAUGAGUUUGAUAGGCUUUGUGACUUGACAAAGAUCAAUGGUGUCUCUGAAGAUGCCAUCAAGCUGAGACUCUUUCCUAUGUCUCUAGCUGACAAAUCUCACCAAUGGGAGAAGAGCUUGCCCCAUGGCACAAUCACCACUUGGGAUGAAUGCAAGAAGGCCUUUCUUGCUAAGUUUUUCUCCACCGGUCGCACAGCCAAGCUUAGAGGAGAGAUAUCCAGCUUCAUCCAGCGAAACAAUGAGACAUUCGCAGAGGCUUGGGAGAGGUUCAAAGGUUACACAAGUCAGUGCCCACACCAUGGAUUCAACUAUGAAUCUCUACUCUCUACUCUUUAUAGAGGAUGCUUGCCUAGGUAUAGGGAGAUGCUAGACACAGCUAGCAAUGGGAACUUCCUCAACCAGGAUGUAGAUGAUGGCUGGCAACUUGUGGAGAACAUAGCUAACUCAAAUGGAAGCUAUGGAGAAGAGUAUGAUCGGACAACCCGGAGCUCGACCCACCACUCAAUCGAGUUAGACAAAAAGUUGAGAAAAGAUGUUAAGGCAUUGAAUGAGAAGUUGGAUAAGCUGAUCCUAGCUCAGUCCAAAAUGAAGAAAGUCAAUUUUGUAUCUGCUGAGGAGAUGGAACCAGUCCAAGAAGGGGAGGAUACACAAUUUGCUGAGGUAUGCUACAUGAGCAAUGGGCAAGGAGGUUACAACAAAGGAUACUAUAACUACAAGUCCAACCCUGCCAUGUCAUACCGCAACACUGAUGUUGCUAACCCUCAGGACCAAGUAUAUCCUCAACAACAAGCAGCUCGAUCGAGUCAGGUGCCACAACAUGGGUAUGGACAAAAGAACAAUUACCAAGGACCACAAGGCACUUUCCCUGGACAACAAAUGAAUAUCCCACCAGGCUUCCCCCACCAACCGCCCCAGCCUGCACCUUCACAAGAGAAUGAGCUCAAGCAAUGCUAA